GGAGCAGUAAUGUUUGACUUUCAGUUUGUACAGGUGCACAAUUUUAAUAUUGUUUUAUGUGCCACAUAAUUUAUUUGUGAAUGACCAAUCCUGCCUCAAAUAACUUUUUCUCCAUAAGUAUAGAAACGCAAUUUGUAAAAUGAGGUUAUAGCGUUUUGCUUGAAAUAAAUACAAUCAUCAAUGCCAUAUACUCAAAAAAGUGAUGUGUUCCAAGCGGAUAUAUUAGCAGUAUUAUAGUUAAAUUAAAGUGUAUGGCAACAUGUUCCGGAGUAAAUUCCGGAUGCAUACAUGCCGAGUUAUUUUAUUGACUUCACUAGUUUGGUUUUUAGUGGAUGUAGUGUUACUAACAUUUUACUCAGACUGUAUAGGAUCAGGCUGGAAUUGUAGGAGACGAGAUGAAUAUAUUGUCGAGAUUGAUCAUCCAAAGGCACUCGUCGCCAAUAAGGCUGAACUGUUCUCGGAAGCGGAAGAAGAUUUUGCCGAUGGCGGAGAGGAUGAUAACGAUAUCCCGGUAGAAGGACAUUAUCCUGCUAAAAAGCUGAGGAGAUGGAAACCUGCACCGAUAGUUCCUGAGGGAUAUGGAAAACCCGGCGAAAUGGGUAAACCGGUGAUUAUACCACAAGAGCACGAAGCGCUCAUGAAGGAAAAAUUCAAAGAGAAUCAAUUCAACCUGCUGGCCAGUGAUAUGAUCUCUCUGAACAGAUCUUUGACAGAUGUUCGAUUAGAAGGUUGCAAAUCAAUAACAUAUCCCAAGAGAUUGCCAACCACCAGCAUUGUCAUAGUCUUCCAUAACGAGGCAUGGACGACACUAUUGCGCACGAUUUGGAGCGCGAUCAAUCGAUCGCCCAGAGCACUUCUUAGGGAAAUAAUUCUAGUAGAUGACGCCAGUGAAAAGGCUCAUUUAGGUAAAAGAUUAGAAGAUUACGUUAAGACGUUCCCAGUGGAAACUAGAGUUUUCCGUACCAAAACACGAUCAGGUCUGAUCAGGGCGCGACUGCUUGGAGCAAAGCAUGUUCGAGGCGAUAUCAUCACGUUCUUAGAUGCCCAUUGUGAAUGCACAGAGGGGUGGUUGGAACCACUUUUAGCACGAAUAGCUGCAGAUCGGAAAACAGUUGUUUGUCCAAUUAUAGAUGUAAUAUCAGAUGAUACAUUUGAAUAUAUCACGGCUUCAGAUAUGACUUGGGGUGGAUUCAAUUGGAAGUUAAAUUUCAGAUGGUACAGAGUGCCACAGCGAGAAAUGCUCAGGCGUAAUAACGAACGAACAUCACCUUUGCGAACUCCAACUAUGGCUGGUGGCCUAUUUUCCAUCGAUAAGGACUACUUUUACGAGCUGGGAUCAUAUGAUGAAGGAAUGGAUAUUUGGGGCGGAGAAAACUUAGAAAUGAGUUUUCGGAUAUGGAUGUGCGGUGGUAAUUUGGAAAUUUCGCCUUGUUCUCGUGUCGGCCAUGUGUUCAGGAAAUCGACACCAUACACGUUCCCAGGCGGAACGUCUCGCAUUGUCAAUCAUAACAAUGCGAGGCUCGCUGAAGUCUGGCUCGAUGAAUGGAAGGAAUUCUACUACAAUAUCAAUCCAGGUGCACGAGGUGUUGACGUUGGCGAUGUUUCAGAACGUAAAGCUUUAAGAGAACGUCUUCAGUGUAAAAGCUUUAGAUGGUAUCUUGAGAAUAUAUAUCCAGAAAGCCAAAUGCCUCUUGAUUAUCAUUAUCUUGGUGAUAUACGGAAUGUAGAAACUAAAAACUGCUUAGAUACAAUGAGCAGAAAAUCUGGUGAAAACUUAGGUAUUUCAUAUUGCCAUGGCUUAGGGGGAAAUCAAGUUUUCGCAUAUACAAAGCGACAGCAGAUCAUGUCUGAUGAUAAUUGCUUAGAUGCGGCUCAUCCUAAUGGACCAGUUAAGUUAGUGAGAUGUCAUGGCAUGGGUGGAAAUCAAGCUUGGGAAUAUGAUGAAGAGGCUAAGACAAUAAAGCACACAAAUACUGGAAACUGCCUUCAGAGACCGUCGCCUCAGGAUUCUUCACAGCCGUUACUCAGACCUUGUGAUAAUUCCAAAGGUCAAAAAUGGGUGAUGAUGACAAAAUUUAAGUGGCAAGCAAAUCGGUAGAAUGACUUCAGUUUGAUAGUUAUUUGUGAUUUUAGCUAAAAGCAAUGGACUUAAUAGUUGACAAAUGAAUUCGAGUAGUGAUACCAUUGAA